GCACGCGGGCUGGGGGUCGGUUUAGGGAAGGACCGGAAGUGCUUGAGCGCGGCGGCGGAAUGGUCCGCUGCGUCUCUCGGCGGCGUCUGGGGAGGCUCGGCGUGCGGCCGCAGAGCUCGCGCUCCAGGGACAGCGAAGGCGGCCGUGGCCGGGUAGGGCUCGGGACCUGGAGCCCGAGCGUCGAUCCCACUCGUGCGGUGGGCGCUUCGGGGUGAAGCUGAGGCUCAGGGAGGGUCGGUACCUGCCCGGAGUCGCGCAGCUGGGGAACGGCGGAGGCGGAGGUUUUGAGGGAGUCGUACUCGAACUCUGCUGAGCACCCGGGCCCGCCGCCACACUCAAACCAUGUUCCUGGUGCGCUUGACUUCCCAGCUGCUCAGGGCUGUUCCCGGGGCAGGCCGCAGUGGGUCCCCGCGCGUCUCAGAGGUACUGGGCAGGCACGCCUGCAGGCCUCGCUACAGCACGCAGCCCCCAGGCCCCAGUGGGAUUGCCUCUCUUCCUGGCAAGCACGUCCACCCAGAGCUUGAGGAGAUGCUGGUCCCCAGGAAGAUGUCCAUCAGCCCGCUGGAGAGCUGGCUGACCAUUCGCUACCUCCUGCCCAGACUGGGCGCUGGGACCCCAGGGACUGUGUCUCCAGCUCAGCUCUAUCAAUGUCCGCCUAGCCAGGUGGGGGAAGGGGUCAAGCAGGGGGAUAAGGAGGUUCGGGACACACCCCAGAUGCAGUGCAAAAACAUCCUGAAGAUCCGCCGGCGGAAGAUGAAUCACCACAAGUACCGCAAGCUGGUCAAGAGAACCCGGUUCCUGCGGCGGAAAGUCAGGGAAGGGCGCCUGAGACAGAAGCAGGUCAAGUUUGAGAGAGACUUGAAGCGCAUCUGGCAGAAGGCAGGCUUGAAGGAAGCCCCUGCAGGCUGGCAGACCCCCAAGAUCUAUCUGAAGAACCAAUGAGUCUGGAGGUGCGCAUGGCGGCCCCCCCCCCCCCCCCCCGUUACUGCCCACCACCCAUUGUAAUAAAGAACCAGCACACUCUGCUGUCUGCUGGCCUGGA